GCAGGGAUCAACACUCAGCUUGGACUCCUUGUAACACAGAGCGACAAUGUUUUCAAGGAAUCUGUGUCAUUACACUCUGAACAAUUUGAGGUUGAAACUGAGGUGAUUGACAAACUAAAAUACAUUGAGGAGACCAAAGAGACCAUGGAUAAAAACACCCAAAAACUUGCAGACAUAGUGCAGGAUAUCAGUGGAAUUCAGAGAGACGGAACACCACAGCGUCUGGAGUUCACCCUGGAGGUGGUCGAGGGGACGCUCAACCACUCAGCAGAGGUCCUUCAAACCAUCACGCCCAUAAGCAGCAAGGUUGAGGAAUGGGCCAAAAACAUGAGAAACAAUGAAUACUCUACAGCUGCUUAUGAAGCGGCCGUUUCCUCUGCCGGAGAAACUGUGGAGAACCUGAAUGUGCUCGUUCCCGAGCUGCUGAACAAACUGAAGGUGGUUGAGGAGAAGAAGCCUGUCAACAACGUGACCACCAACAUCCUGAGGAUCAGAGAGCUCAUAGCCCAGGCCAGGAGCGUGGCCAAGAAA